UUAUAGCAUAUCAACAUAAUACAAUGUGUUGGUAUACAGUGUGAUUGUAUUUCAGCUAUUAAUCAUGAUUUACAAAUCAAAUGGAACGUUAUUUUCAACCAAGUGGUCAUGCCUUCAGAGGGAAGAACUAAAAUCCACAUUUUACUUUCACUUUCACAGCCUCGGUAGGCAAGGUUAUGAACCACAUAGUGUUUUAGCAUAUCUCAUUUGAACUUACUUUUAUUUAGUAUAGAAAUAAACGAACGAACUAACAAAGAUGUCCAAACUUAAGCUUAUCAGAUUGUGCUUCUGGUUUUAUCUGGUGCGAACGGUGGUCUCCAAAGAUCAUAAAGUGGGAGGUGAGCUCGUGUUGACGCCGGACAAGUCCACAGUGACUGACCCCAUCACAAGCAUCCUAUGGAAGCAUGGGAAGAACAAGGUGGCAGAGUGGGACCAGAAUUUUGGUGGUCUGGACAUCUAUCCUGCCUUCAAAAACCGUACAACCCUGGACAAUACUACUGGAGAGCUGAGAAUCAGUGGAUUGAUGAAAAACGACAGUGGAGUUUAUUCUGUGGAGUUUAACAGCAAACUGCUUGACCAGACAUAUACACUGUCUGUUAUCAAGGCAGUCCCCAAACCCACCAUCACUUCUUCCUGUAACCCAGACAAAACCUCCUGCACUCUGACCUGUGAGGGCAACACCACUGAUGCUGAACGAGUCACCUACAGCUGGAAAGUGGGGGAGGAGGCGUGGGAGGUCAUAGGAAAACAGCUGAUUGUCUCUAAAUCAACCAAUGGUAUCAAGUACACCUGCAAGCUGAGUAAUGAUGUUAGUUCGAAUGUCAGUGAGCCAGUUGGAGAGGUGUUUGGUCCAGAGCAUUCCAGUAUCGGUGCUGUUGUUGCUUUGGUUGUCGUUACCAUUGUAGUGUUUGCUGUCAUAACAGGAUUUUUGGUGUGGAAGAAAAAGACAGAAUAUCCCCAAGACACCUGGAUCGACUUUUUGAGAAAGUAUUUUGGUGGAAUUUAUGGUAGAAUUUGUGUCUUCUUCUCAGCUAAAGGCACCGAUGGAGUCCAGCCAGAACAAGGGAAAAGCAAUUCCGAUAGAGCUGAAAAGGGGCAGGGGAAUGAAGAUCUUUAUCAUAAAGUGGGAGGUGAGCUCGUGUUGACGCCGGACAAGUCCACAGUGCCUGACUCCAUCACAAGCAUCCUAUGGAAGCAUGGGAAGUGCUACGUGGCAGAGUGGGACAAGGAAUUUAGAAAACUGGACAUCUAUGGUGUCUUCAAAGGCCGCACAACCCUGAACCAGACUACUGGAGAGCUGAGAAUCAGUGGCUUGAAGAAAACAGACAGUGGAGUUUAUUCUGUGGAGUUCAACAGAGAACUUCUUGACAAGACAUAUAAAAUAUCUGUUAUCAGGGGCGAUGAUGAGACUACAACGAAUGGCAGCGCUGCACCAGGGGGCGACCUUGACGCCGCUGAAAAAGGAGAGGCAAAUGGAGAGGGGUCCGUGCUGCUGAAAGAAGACACGGUGAAGUACGACAAUGGAAAGGGGGAAGCAGAAGAGAAUUCAGCAUUGUAGGACAGACGCCAGGGAACUGUGGACCAGAGGCACCGUCUCAUCUUGACCACCAGCACUGGACGACAUGGGUGCCCCUCUGAGGUUGCGUUUUUUGUGGAUUUACCUUUUUUGGGAAAGAUCUGAAUUGAAUCAUUAUUGAGAAUCAUGGAUUUAAAGGAACUGAAUCUCUUUUUGACUUUGACUUCUUGACUAUUUAAAAAAUAUAUAUAUUUCACCUUUAUUUAACCAUGUAGGCUAGAUGAGAACAAGUUCUCAUUUACAACUGCAACCUGGCCAAGAUAAAGCAAAGCAGUGCGACACAAACAACAACAGAGUUACACAUGGAAUAAACAAACAUAGUCAAAAAUACAAUAGAAAAAGUAUAUAUACAGGCAAUAAAUAGACCAUAGUGGCGAAAUAAUUACAAUAUAGCAAUUCAACACGGGAGUGAUAGAUGUGCAGAAGAUGAAUGUGCAAGUAGAGAUACUGGGGUGCAAAGAAGCAAAAAUAAAUAACAUUAUGGAGAUGAGGUAGUUGGAUGGGCUAUUUACAGGUGCAGUGAUCUGUGAGCUGCUCUGACCGCUGGUGCUUAGCUAGUGAGGGAGAUAUGAGUCUCCAGCUUCAGUGAAUUUUGCAGUACGUUCCAGUCAUUGGCAGCAGAGAACUGGAAGGAAAGGCGGCCUGAAGGAGGAAUCGGCUUUUUAGGGUGACCAGUGAAAUAUACCUGCUGGAGCGCGUACUACGGGUGGGUGCUGCUAUGGUGACCAGUGAGCUGAGAUAAGGCGGAGCUUCACCUAGCAAAGACUUAUAGAUGACCUGGAGCCAGUGUGUUUGGCUACGAAUAUGAAGCGAGGGCCAGCCAACGAGAGCAUACAGGUCGCAGUGGUGGGUAGUAUAUGGGGCUUUGGUGACAAAACGGAUGGCACUGUGAUAGACUGAUUCCAAUUUGCUGAGUAGAGUGUUGGAGGCUAUUUUGUAAAUGACAUCGGAGGAUCGGUUUAUAUAGUCAGAUUUACGAGGGUAUGUUUGGCAGCAUGAGUGAAGGAUGCUUUGUUGCGAACUAGGAAGCCGAUUCCAGAUUUAAUUUUGGAUUGGAGAUGCUUAAUGUGAGUCUGGAAGGAGAGUUUGCAGUCUAACCAGACACCUAGGUAUUUGUAGUUGUCCACAUAUUCUAAGUCAGAAUCGUCCAAAAUAGUGAUGCUGGAAGGGCGGGCAGGUGCGGGCAGCGAUCGGUUGAAGAGCAUGCAUUUAGUUUUACUUGCAUUUAAGAGCAGUUGGAGGCCACAGAAGGAGAGUUGUAUGGCAUUGAAGCUCAUCUGGAGGGUUGUUAACACAGUGUCCAAAGAAGGGCCAGAAGUAUACAGAAUAGUGUUACGAACCGGCUCAAAGCCCGUAACAAAACAUAUAUUUACUAAAUAAACUAAACUAUGUACAAUACACACUGGUGUGUGUAAUCAGUAGUGUAAGUGAGUGUUUUGCAUGCAUAAAUGUGAUAAUGCAGGGUGUUGAAAGAUGCCAAAGCAAACCAACCAAAAAGCCACCAAGAAACACAACAAAAUCUAUAAAGGUGUCUGCAUGGAGAGAGUCUCUUCCAUGAAUGGGGAAGUGGUGUAUUUAUUCUAUGACACAGCGGGGCCCAGGUGUUUCCCAUGUAGCUGACGACCCUCCCAACUCCGCCCACCGGCAUCCUAAUAAGGAAACAAGAACAAAGAGAAUACGGCUUUCUAAUCUCUGGGGAUCUCAGAUGAUAUGAAAGAGAGCUUGAACAGGCUAGUAAUAGGGGUUGCAACCCUAUUUUAGAAAAUCUCAUUUUAGAAAGAGAGGGUCCAGAUUGUCUAGCCCGGUUGAUUUGUAGGGCUCCAGAUUUUGCAGCUCUUUCAGAACAUCAGCUAUCUGGAUUUGGGUGAAGGAGAAAUGGGGAGGCUUGCGCAAGUUUCUGUGGGGGGUGCAGGGCUGUUGACCGGGGUAGGGGUAGCCAGGUGGAAAGCACAGCCAGCCGUGGAAAAAUGCUUAUUGAAGUUCUCACUUAUCGCGGAUUUAUCGGUGGUGACAGUGUUUCCUAGCCUCAGUGCAGUGGGCAGCUGGGAGGAAGUGCUCUUAUUCUCCAUGGACUUUUACAGUGUCCCAGAACUUUUUGGAGUUUGUGCUACAGGAUGCAAAUUUCUGUUUGAAAAAGCUAGCCUUUGCUUUCCUAACUGCCUGUGUAUAUUGGUUCCUAACUUCCCUGAAAAGUUGCAUAUCACGGGGGAUAUUCGAUGCUAAUGCAGAAUGCCACAGGAUGUUUUUGUGCUGGUCAAGGGCAGUCAGGUCUGGAGUGAACCAAGGGCUAUAUCUGUUCUUAGUUCUACAUUUUUUUGAAUGGGGCAUGCUUAUUUAAGAUGGUGAGGAAAGGACUUUUAAAGAAUAACCAGGCAUCCUCUACUGACGGAAUGAGGUCAAUAUCCUUCCAGGAUACCCGGGCCAGGAUGAUUAGAAAGGCCUGCUCACUGAAGUGUUUUAGAGAGCGUUUGACAGUGAUGAGGGGUGGUCGUUCGACCGCAGACAAUGAGAUAUUGUGUUCAGACUGAUGAGGGGGGAAAAACUAUUGAAUCCAUUUUAGAAUAAGACUAAUGUAACAAAAUGUUGAAAAAGUCAAAGGGUCUGAAUACUUUCCAAAUGCACUGUAUCCUGGCAAAUGAGAAAUGUUCACUAACAGGGAUGUAAACAAAUUUGUGCAGAAAUCUUUAGAGAAAUAAGCUUUUUUGCAUAUGGAACAUUUCUGGAAUCUUUUAUUUCAGCUCAUGAAACAUGGGGCCAACACUUUACAUGUUACAUUUAUUAUUUUUAUUCAGUAAAUCUUAAUGACUAUGUGUACAGUACAUACAAUUUGUAUAAAACCCAUAUAGGUGUGAGACAACAUCCCUCCCCGUGGCUGUAUGAGAAGUGUAUAAGGCUUAUGUGUAAUGUAUGUAUUAUGUUGAGUGUGUAAUGUACAGUGUCUAUUUUGUAUACAGCAGAACUGUGUGUCUAAGACCAUUUUCCCAUCGGGACAUUAAAGUUCAUCCUCUUCCUA